AUGCCCGGGGGAAAGAGAGGGCUGGUGGCACCGCAGAACACUUUCCUGGAGAACAUUGUCCGGCGUUCGAGCGAGACCAGCUUCCUCCUGGGAAACGCCCAGAUCGUGGAGUGGCCCGUAGUUUACAGCAAUGACGGAUUCUGCAAGCUGUCAGGCUUCCACCGGGCCGAGGUCAUGCAGAAGAGCAGCACAUGCAGCUUCAUGUACGGAGAGCUGACGGACAAGAAGAGCAUCGACCAAGUCCGGCAGACGUUCGACAACUACGAGUCCAACUGCUUCGAGGUCCUGCUCUACAGGAAGAACCGAAGUCCCGUGUGGUUCUACAUGCAAGUGGCUCCCAUCAGGAACGAGAACGACAAGGUGGUUCUGUUCCUCUGCACCUUCAAGGACAUCACCGUCUUCAAGCAGCCCAUCGAGGACGAGACCACUAAAGGAUGGACCAAGUUCGCGCGGCUGACCCGAGCGCUGACCAACAACCGCAACACGCUGCAGCAGCUGGCGCCCAUCAGCCACCACGAGGUCAGCCACAAGCAGUCCAGACUGGUGGAGGUGCUGCAGCUCAACUCGGACAUCCUCCCUCAGUACAAGCAGGAGGCGCCGAAGACGCCGCCGCACAUCAUCCUCCACUACUGCACCUUCAAGACCACCUGGGACUGGGUCAUCCUCAUCCUCACCUUCUACACGGCCAUCAUGGUGCCCUACAACGUCUCCUUCAAGACCAAGCAGAACAACAUCGUGUGGCUGGUGCUGGACAGCGUGGUGGACGUCAUCUUCCUGGUGGACAUCGUCCUCAACUUCCACACCACCUUCGUGGGGCCCGGUGGAGAAGUCAUCUCCGAUCCCAAGCUCAUCCGCAUGAACUACCUGAAGACCUGGUUCGUCAUCGACCUGCUGUCCUGCCUGCCCUAUGACAUCAUCAACGCCUUCGAGAACGUGGAUGAGGGCAUCAGCAGUCUGUUCAGCUCUCUGAAGGUGGUCCGCCUGCUGCGCCUGGGCCGGGUGGCCAGGAAGCUGGACCACUACCUGGAGUACGGAGCUGCCGUCCUGGUGCUGCUGGUCUGUGUGUUCGGACUGGUGGCCCACUGGCUCGCCUGCAUCUGGUACAGCAUCGGAGACUACGAGGUCAUCGACGAGGCCACCAACACCAUCAAGACGGACAGCUGGCUCUACCAGCUCGCCCUCAGCAUCGGGUCGCCCUACCGCUUCAACGCCAGUGGCUCGGGCCAGUGGGAGGGCGGCCCCGGGAAGGACUCGCUCUACAUCACCUCCCUCUACUUCACCAUGACCAGCCUGACCACCAUCGGCUUCGGGAACAUCGCGCCCACCACGGACGGAGAGAAGAUCUUCUCCGUGGCCAUGAUGAUGAUCAUUUUCCGCAAGAUCAGUGACGUGAAGAAGGAGGAGGAGGAGCGGCAGCGGGCGAAGAACGAGGUGCAGCUCACCAUCCCGCAGGACCACCCGGUGCGGAAGCUCUUCCAGAAGUUCAAGCAGCAGAAGGAGCUCCGCAGCCAGGGGGCGCCCUCCGCCUCGCAGCCGGACCUGGAGAAGAACCAGCUGCAGGUGGAGCAGCACCAGCACCUGCACCCCCACAGCCUGCAGCUCGGCCACUCCAGCCUGCAGCACUCCCUGCCGCUCAGCCUCCAGCGCCCCCCCGCCUCCAUGCAGAACGGGGCGCCGCUCAGCAGCAGCGUGCUGACGGUGUCGCAGGUCACGCCCAUGCACAGCUCCCUGGCCUACAGUCAUCCCAGUGAACCUGUCGCCAAGCAGAACAACUGUGACAUCAUGGAGCUGCAGCCCAGCGCCGCCGCCGGGGCACCGGCCGUCAAGAUCAAAGUCAGCUCCAGUCCGGUUCUGGCCAAACCCGCCCCCAGGGCCACCGGCUGGAUGCGCCUGAAAAACAACAUGGCCCCGGUGGAGGCCCGGAGGGAGGGGCUCAACAACAACGUGAAGGCUGUUUCUGUGGAGAUGUUGUCUCAGGAGGGCAAAGGUCAGGAAGCUCGGGGGGGUGGAGAUGUAGAGGAGGGCGGGGUGUCCAGUAACAACCCGCUCCGCAAGACGGACUCCUGCGACAGCGGCAUCACCAAGAGUGAGCUGCGGAUCGACCGGGCGGGGGAGGCGCGCACACCGGCGGCGGUCACCCCGCUCCUCCACAGCCCUCUCCCUGGAGGGGCGGGGCCCCCUCACCCAUUCUGCCCCAUCCCGGAGCAGGCCCUGCAGGCGGCGCUGCACGAGACCCGGCUGCAGCUCCGGGAGGACAUCCAGUCCCUGGGAGGCCGUCUGGGCGCCCUGGAGAGCCAGGUCGCUGAAAUCCUCAAGCUGCUGUCGGACAAGCGCCGGCCGUCCACGGGGCCGCCGCCCGCCUCCGCCACGCCUAAAACCAAAAUACUACGUCAGGACAUUUUCACCGUUUCCAGGCCGGUUUCUCCCGACUCGGAGAAGGACGAGGCGCUCUGA